AAUGAGAAUACCACUCUGUUAAAACAUAUGUUAAAAUUACCUAACAAAAUUUGACAACACACGCGAAUCAGGAAAGUGGAAAGGCAAUAAACCCGGCCGGAAACAGGAGAAAAUGCAUACAGAUCUUUCCUCACAUCUGCACACGCCCGCUUGCAACAAGUUGAUCGAGGAACUCCAGGCCUGCCACGAAAAUAACGCCUUCGCAAAAUUUGUGGGCGUGUGCAACUCCAUUGACGACAAGGUGGUCAAGUGCCUAAAAGGCGAGAGAAUCGCCCGAUCCGCCGCUAAUCGCGCCAAAGCCCGUGAACGUCAGGCGAAGUACAAGGAAAAGUUGCUCCAGCAGGAAAGUAACUAAGGAAAGAAAUCAACCAGGAUGUCAGUACAAGCAGAUGAUCCAUUGGAACCAUUCUACUUCGAGCAUGAGGAGCAGGAGAUCUG